CUGGGCUGCCCCUCACAGGGACCCCGACCGUCAUGUUAAGGUGAAGCAGAGGGGCUCAGUGCUGAACAUGCUCAGGAGGCUGGACAAGAUCAGGUUCAGAGGUCACAAGAGAGAUGACUUCCUCGAUCUAGCGGAGUCUCCCAAUGCCUCGGACACUGAGUGUGGAGACGAAGUCCCCCUGAAGAUACCUCGGACCUCGCCCCGGGACAGCGAGGAGCUGAGGGACCCUGCUGGUCCGGGGACCCUCAUCAUGGCUGCAGGCGUCCAGGACUUUAACCGGACAGAGUAUGAUCGACUGAAUGAAAUCAAAGGUCACCUGGAAAUCGCCUUACUGGAAAAACACUUCUUACAGGAGGAGCUCCGGAAGCUGCGAGAAGAAACCAACUCUGAGAUGCUGCGGCAGGAGCUGGACCGGGAGCGGCAGCGACGGAUCGAGCUGGAACAGAAGGUCCAGGAAGUGCUGAAGGGCAGAUCCGAGGAGCAGACGGCCCAGCAGCCUCCGAGAAGCCAGGCCCAGGUCACUAAUGGAGCAGAGCGGCGGGGCCAGGGGCUGUGCCCCCGGGUGCAGAAGUGGUUCUACGAGAAGUUCGGGGAGUACGUGGAGGACUUUCGCUUCCAGCCCGAGGAGAGCGCCGUGGAGACCGAGGAGCCGCUCAGCGCCCGCAGGUUAACCGAGAACAUGCGGAGACUAAAGCGCGGCGCCAAGCCCGUCACCAGCUUCGUGAAGAACCUCUCCGCCUUAUCCGACUGGUACUCUGUCUACACGUCCGCCAUCGCCUUCACCGUCUACAUGAACGCCGUGUGGCACGGCUGGGCCAUCCCCAUGUUCUUGUUCCUAGCAAUUUUGAGGUUGUCCCUCAAUUACCUCAUAGCCAGGGGCUGGAGAAUACAGUGGAGCAUCGUGCCUGAAGUGUCCGAAGUGGUGGAGCCUCCAAAGGAAGACCUGACCGUGUCCGAGAAGUUCCAGCUGGUGCUGGACGUCGCCCAGAAGGCCCAGAACCUCUUUGGGAAGAUGGCUGACAUCCUGGAGAAGAUCAAGAAGAGGACCCGGUCCCGAGCCAUCUCUGAGCCUGCAGACCACAGAAGUGGCCGCUCCCUUAGCCGGGGUCACCUUGCCUCUUUCCUUCCCCUGCCCUGCCCCCACCGGGGCCACCGUGCCGGGCCUGACACUGGGGCGCAGGCCACCACGCCGAGUGGCCAGCACGGUGGCCGGUCCCGGGCGCAGCGGGGCUGUCUUCUCCUCCCAGGACUCUAUGCCGGAAUCAAGUUCUUCCUCAUCGACUUCAUCUUCAAGCGCUGCCCGAGGCUGCGCGCCAAGUACGACACCCCCUACAUCAUCUGGAAGAGCCUCCCCACCGACCCCCAGCUCAAGGAGCGCUCCAAUGCUGCCGCCGUGUCCCGCAGGUCACCUGGAAAAGGGCCCUGGGGCCCCCCCUCGCGUGCCCGUCGCUCCCUGGGCGGGUCUGCUGGUGGGGCUGGGGGCACCUCCGGUGCCGGGGGGCCCGCGGGCGUCGGUGGGAGCCGCGGUGGCCUUGUCCCCUCAGUGUGCGAGAGCGGCUGGCGCUGCUGCCUGAUCAACAGGGACCGGAAGAUGCCCACGGACUACAUCAGGAACGGGGUGCUGUACGUGACGGAGAAUUACUUGUGCUUUGAGAGCUCCAAGUCUGGCUCUUCCAAGAGGAACAAGGUCAUCAGGCUGGUGGACAUCACGGACAUCCAGAAGUACAAGGUCCUCUCUGUUCUCCCGGGGUCAGGCAUGGGAAUCGCCGUGUCCACGCCAUCCACCCAGAAACCGCUGGUGUUCGGUGCCAUGGUGCACAGGGACGAGGCCUUCGAGACCAUUUUCGGCCAGUACAUGAAGAUCACGGCGGCCGCGGCGUCCGGCAGCGACAGCUAGUGCCGCCUCUCCGGGACCUUGCCCGGCCUUUUUAAACACUUUGGUAGUGGGAAGAAAUCGGGUGUCCUCUUGAUCUCUUGCAAUAAUCCCCCCGGACCAGCGGUUUCCAUCGUGUUGACCGGCGUUUACAGACCCCUUGCGCUGGGUCGAGCUGCUCUGACGGGGCCGGGCCGCCUGAGGGCGAGGCGUGUCCCAGGCUGCGGGCACGGGGCAGAGGGUCCUCGGAGGCCACGGGCAAGGAUGACACGGGGGACACGCGGUCCCAGCCGCCGCCAGGCACGGCUGCUCCUCCGUCCCCACCUGGGCGGAGACCCGGCUCCGGCCGCUCAGCCCAGAUCUCAGAGGCUGGACGCUCUUCCACACCAAAGCCAUAGCUGAGGGACGUCGGCGAUGAGGGACAGAGGCCCCUUCUCCAGCCUCUGUAUCGGCCGGUGGGACGCGCUCUUCCUUUGGCGGGACCCCUGCCGCGUGUCCAGCCUGUGCCCUGCCCAGCCUUGGUGGGGGGCCCUUGUGCCCGGGCCGGGGUUGGGCCCACUGUCUGUCUGGGUCUGACAGGCCGUCUGGGGGCCUGUAAUUGGCACCUGAUGCCGAUACAGAAGCACAUUUUUUAACCCUUUGCUCUGGAAAGGCCCAGGUGGCCCUCAGAUGAACGUCAGCUGCUGCAGGGCCAGCGUUGGCCUCCAGGCUGCGUCGGGACGGGCGGGGCUCCGGGGCUGGGGUGGGGACAGACAGGAGUGUCCCAGGCCCACGGUGGCCCGAGCUGUGCGGGGAACUUGCGAGGACACUUUGGGGAGAGAC